UUCUCUGGACUUUAAUGUACUCUUUAAAUGUUCGUUAAUGGAAAUAAUAAUUGUAAAAUCGAUUCGACGGUUAAAAAAUGAGUGAUUCCAAUAAAAAAAGUAUGAAAAACAGUUCCACCUUUGGAAAAAUUAGUUUUAAGUUAACUACCAAAUCGGUUGACGAUAUUGUCAGUAAAAGUAGUAGCUCAGAGGAUGUAAACGAGUCAAAUUUAGAGAGUAAUAAAACUGAAACUGGAUUCGGUAUAUUCAGCAAAAAAGCUGAGCCACACAGUGAAGUUAUAGUAGCUAUAAGGCCUGAAGAUGAAGAAGAGAAUGAGAAGUUACAGAAUGUCAUGGGUAUGUCAUCGUUUGGAAAAAAAGCUCGGUGUUUUGAUGUAGAAGAAAUGAUGGAGAAUAUCAAGAAAACUAUAGUUAGCAAGCCAGCAACUAAGACAGUUGACCAUCAACAGGGUAGUAGUACAAGUGACGACAAGUCAGAGAACGAUGAUAAUGACGACGACGAUGAUGAUGAUGACUUUAUUGGCCCUCCGAUUCCCCAAUCACUCCUGCAAAGUGAAAGCAAUCAAGAAGAAAAAACAAAAAAAAAGAAACAAAAGGAUGAUAGUGAUAGCGAGGAUGAUGAAAGUGACGACAGUGAUAACAAUGAAGAGGAUGACGAAGAAAAUGAGUUGAUAAACAAGAUUCCCUGCACUCAUCAAGUGACCAUGACACACGGACUCAAAGCCAUAACGGCAAUUGCAGCUGAUCCUUCUGGUGCUCGACUUGCAUCAGGAUCUGUGGAUUAUGAUAUUAGUUUCUGGGAUUUUGGUGGCAUGGAUGCUUCUCUAAAAAGUUUUAGGACCCUUCAACCGUGUGAGAAUCAUCCUAUAAGGUGUCUUCAGUAUUCGAUGACGGGUGACGUUAUUCUAGUGGUGUCUGGAUCUGCCCAAGCAAAAGUUUUGGAUAGAGAUGGCUUUGAAAAAUGCGAGACUGUCAAAGGAGACCAAUAUAUAACUGACAUGGCAAGAACAAAAGGACACACAGCUUCUUUGAAUAGCGGAAGUUGGCACCCUUUCACUAAAGAAGAAUACCUGACAUGUUCUCAGGAUGGUACUUGCAGGACUUGGAUUCUGUACAAGGCCAAGGCACACAAGGCUGUGAUAAAGUGUAGGGCUCAAAGCGGAGUCAAGACUGUACCUACAACCUGUGCGUACAGCAGGGAAGGUACUGUCAUAGCAGCCGGAUGUAUGGAUGGAUCAAUACAAAUGUGGGAUAACAGAAAAAAUUUUGUCAAUCCAUCUCUGAUAAACAGAAAUGCACAUAAUCAAAGUUCAGAAAUUUCUUGUCUCAGUUUUUCUUAUCUUGGUCAUAUGAUGGCCACCCGUAGCUGUGAUGACACCUUAAAACUCUGGGAUCUGAGGGCUUUCAAAAAUCCACUUUUUGUGGCAUCAGACUUAUUCUCCAGAUAUGAAUCCACAGACUGUAUGUUCAGUCCUGAUGACUCGAUGAUCGUAACCGGCGAGUCAUUGGCUAGAGGCAAGUCAAUGGGAAGAUGUUUAUUUUAUGACACAAAGAGUCUGCAACUCGUCCACGGCAUAGAGGUAACAGAGUCACAUGUGAUCAAAACCCUGUGGCAUCCCAAGCUUAAUCAGAUAUUUAUUGGAUGCGGAAACGGUGUCAUUAAAGCUUACUACGACAUAAAGAAGAGUUUGCGCGGAGCAAAACUGUGCGUAGUUAAACAAAGGUAUAAGCAAAAGCACGUCGAAAUGAUGGCAACCCAGCAAAUUAUCACGCCCCACGCGCUGCCUCUCUUCAGACAAGACAGGCCUAAAUCUGUGAGGAAGCAGAUGGAAAAAGACAGACAAGACCCGUUGAAGUCUCAUAGACCUGACCUUCCCAUCACCUCGGGACAAGGUGGCAGAGUCGCCUCCUCUGGUGGUACUCUUAGCUCAUACGUCAUUCGAAAUCUGGGACUAAGUAAAAGAGUGGAGGAUGAUCAGGAUCCUCGCGAGGCUAUAUUGAAGUACGCGAAAAUAGCGGAAGAAGAACCCUUCUGGAUCACACCGGCUUACAAAAAAAACCAGCCUAAACAGAUUUUCCAAACGGACGAGGGCGAAGAAAGCGAGCCAUCCAGUAAAAAACAAAAAACUUGAAUGGAUUAAUGUAUGCAAAUAAAUUUUUUUGUAAUAAAAAACUCUAAGCCAUUAUAA